AACGAUAAAAUCGUAAAUCGUUAACGAUAUUUAUGUUACAAUAUCAUAAUAACGUUUAUCUGAUUAAAACCAACUCAAAGACUUAUCCGAACAUUUCGGAAAGCCAAAUUCGUUGUGGGCGUUACAAAGUGCUGCACUGUAGACAAUUUACAACCAAACAUAAUGAUGAUGGGGCCAUGAGCCCAUCAUUACCGACAUUGAGUUGGAGUCGCAAGCGCGUCUCAAGCGGGCCUGCACCAUGCUAGCACCGCCGAACCCGAGGUCAAUAUGCGGCCAGGACCCGGGCUGGUCGUGAUGGCGCUUGCGUUUAUUUCGGGGGCUCGGCGUGGCAGCACCAGCAGCAUCAGUUCAAAGACUACACUAACAACGUCGUCACUACCACCAACACUACCACUACCAACGUCAGCAGCAGCAGACACCAGAACACCACCACCAUCACUACCUUCCACAACAGCAACAUUUCCAGCGGCUACACUUCUACCACCAGCAUCAGCGGCAACGUCGUCGUCCUCAUUCAUUAUCGCAGCAGCAACACCACCACCACCGCCUACAACAACAACAGCAGCAGCAGGAACAUCCAACACCAACAUCUAUCCAACCUCAUCGCCAUUUAGUGUUUAUGAACACAACGGAUUGCCACAUUCUCCAUUACACGAAGAAGAGGCCAUAAGGCACGAUCACAACAACAACAACCACCACCACCUCCUACACAAAGACGUAGGGCCAUUCAAUUUUUUUAGUGCAUUUUAUAGCAACGAUUUUCUACAGCGACCGGCAUCCCAUCUGUACUCCGCUAACUCGGCCUACAAUCCCAGCAACACCUUUGCCUAUACGUUUCCGCUGCCCUCACACUUGUCGCACCAUUACGACGAUCCGCUGCAACGUUUGUCCGUUCGUUCGUCAACAGUUCUGCCAACGGUAAGGCAGUCGCGUUCGCGUGUGCUAUCGUCCAAAUUUCGACGGAGAAGAAAGAGAAGAACCCGCAGUGCAAACGUUGACUACAAGGGCAGUCGGCAGUCGGAGGCAGGGGAUAACUUAAACGAAUCAUCUGACGAUAAUACCUCGCAAUCGAUAGCAGUGGAGAGCAGCAAGAGUCGUAGUCGCAGUCACGGCCGAGACAGUGUUGUAAGCGACCAAGCCACAGUACGUGGUCUACCCGUUCACUUUCCCUCACUCACCGCCGAUUCGUCAAGAUCGUUUGACGAAGACGAUAUAUUUGCCUUAGUAGCCGAGGACGAUCUUCUGUCGGAAGAGUCCUUUGAUCGUUUGAUAAAACUAACGGACGACAAAAUUGGUGAUACUAACGAAGAAGAUUACAGCAGUGGAACGGAGACUGUAGUGUCAUCGUCUUCAUCGUCGUCCUCAUCCUCAUCUUCAUUGUCGUCAUCAUCCGCAUCGUCGUCCUCGUCAUCCUUUUCAUCAUCUGCUUCAGCAUCGUCCUCACAGUCAUCAUCAGCAGCAGCAGCCGCAGGAUCAUCGACAAGUGGUAGUGGAAGUGUCGCCUCAGAAUUACAGGACACCAAUCAACAAAAUGCCCUUGAGGAUUUUGAACGAUUGCAACACAAUGAAGUUCCCGUUUCACGUUCGAGUGAAAACGAUCCAAAGUCCCAAGGAUCGAUAUCAAUACAAGAUCAAGAACAACACCAGCAACAACUACAACAACAACAACAGUCAGAGCAAGAGCCAGAUUCAAUAUCAGAAGCAUCAGAGCAGGAACAUGAUAGCGAACUGCCGCAAACACCAAAUCAUGCUCGCGAAUCGAAUGAACCAACUGACGAUCAAAUCGAAACGCUGUACAAUGCUCACUUAGUGAGCAAUAACAACGAUAAAAUAGUAUCUGUCACCGACGACGACGGCGAUAGUGACAGCGACAACGUCGUACAACACAUAACACCUGCCCAGCAGGAAUCUAGUAAAGCGAAAACAGACCUAGAGGACACCACGGAACAUCGAUCGAUAUUGGAAAGUGAUUUUCCGUUAACACGCCUUAAUCCCUGGAUAUCAGCUUGUGAUCUGGCACAACCUGGUCCAUUGCCGGCACCAGACUUACAGGGUGAAUGCUCAGCUGGUACACUGCCUGUUGCAUGGGUCGAUGAGGGUCCCGGUCCGCCAAAGUGUCUCAAAUCAUGCAAAAGUGAAAACGACAAAGACGACGACGACGAAGAAGAAGACGAAACGCCAUUAACAAAUAAGUUAAAUAAGGAUAACAUGAAUAAUAAUAACAAUACUAGCUAUACAUCAACAACAAACAUGUUUAACAUUAAGCUAAGAAAUAGUCAGCCAACUAUUAGUCAUAGUUCCGAUAACGGAGGUGACGUCAGACACGGAGACAGCGCCACAAAGGAUUCGAAUAAUAAACACAGCGGCAGCAACAGAAAAACGAAGCAGCAGCAGAGUCAAAAGCUGUUGAAUCCUUUUAAUUAUUAUCAAAUUCACAAGAACUACAACAACAACUAUAGUAAAAUGACUAAAACGAGACGCAACUCAAAUGAAAAUCGGCCACAAAUAACGAAAAUAGCAGCGGCGGCUGCAAAAAUGACAGACAACAAAGUUGUGGCCGGGGCGGCAACAUCCGCAUCAGCAGUAGUAUCAAAAUCCCCAACAACUUCCUCCUCGUCAUCAUCGUCCUCCUCCUCCGCUUCGUUGGCAGCCGAGAGUUCAACGACUGUGGAGUUGGCCACAUCGACAACAAAAACAAGUGCAAAUAUGACAAAUGCCAAUGAAAAUACCACCAAUAUUUUAGAUGCAACAAUUACCCACACCAACACAAACAACUACGGUGAUGACAUCUAUGAGUUUAUGCAUAAAAUGCAACAAGAUGCUGCCGCACACAGUGACACGGAUGGUGUCGAGGAUAGCGUUGAUGAGGAUGUUGGUGAUGACGGAGACGAAGGCGACAAUGAUAACGACGAUGAUGGGGACACCAUUGAUGAUGACAUCGACCGUGAUGUCCACAAUGAUGCUGCUGUGGCUGAUAAUGCUGCCUUUGCAAUGCAGCUGCAGCAAUUCCAGCAACAACAACAACAUCAUCACCACCACAACCAACAGACACAACAGAAUCAGGCCAACAAUAAUAUUGUCAAAAAGAAACUGACGGCGACAGUUGGCGCCAGCAGCCGUAGUGCCAGUCAACAAUUCCAAUUGAAAUAUAAUCGCCUGCAAUCGGAUCUUAAUGAAAACAACAGCAACAACAAUAAUAAUAAUAAUGGCAAUGUCGGCGGCGGAGGUGGUGGUGAUGGAAAUGGUGGCAACACCAAUAACAAUAAUAAAAGACAUCAUCACUCCUAUCAAUUGCAAAUACAGGACCAACAACAACGUUUGGCAAAUAUCAACAGCAAUAGCUACAGCAACAGUGGUAGUAGAAGUAGCAACAGCAACAGCCCUGAUGUGUUCCCAGCCUCGGAACAAACACAUCACUCCCAACAACAACAGCCACAACAACAGUGCCUUGAUUAUUUGGGCGAUAGUGCCGAAACGACGCCCACGCACUUAUGUACUCAUCUCACCUCACCCAGCCAGUUGUUGGCCCAGUUGCGACAUUUGCGUUUAAGAAAUUGCUGUGAACGCAAUGUCUACAGCGCCCUGCACACGUUGGCCCUGAACGCCACGCUCAGUGGUGGUGAAUCGUGUAUACGCAUCCUCGAGGAUUUAAUCGAAUUGGACGCUUUGGCAUCGCGCAUUACAUGCGGCCUAUCGGAAAUACUUUUUCGCUUCGAUUGUCGGCAAGUAUAUUCGAUAAUACAUCAGUGUGAGGAUUGUAAGGAAGCCUAUCGUCGCUGGGUGUGCAGUACGUUGGUGCCAUAUUUUGCCGAACCCAACGAUGUUAUAAAACCACCAGAAAUCUAUGAAACCACAACGGACAGUGGCCAGUAUCCUCAUAAGCUAUAUGAACAGCAUGGACAGCCAACGGGUCAAAAUUCGUAUCAGGCUGCAGUUGGAAACGAUGGAAGUAAUCAACGUGCGACAAUUGCAUUGAACGCUAAAAGUAGUGACAACAACAAUUCACCCACCUCAUAUACCACCAACAGCAGUAGCGGCGAAGGCGGCAACAACAACAACCACAGCAACAAUACCAACAUGGCCUCAAACAUGACUACCUCUCAUUUAACGAUAACAACAGCGACAACAAAUACUACUACCACGCAUACAGACGACAACAACAACAGCAAUAAUACAAGAAUGUCAUCAACUAAGCUAACAAAAAGAGCAGCAACAACAUCGAAUUACAAUACGGCACAUUUGCAUUGGCAACAUCAAGAACAACAACAACAACAAUUGCAACAUACAUCCAACAAUCAUCACCAUGUUAAGCGAAGAAACACACACGAAGAAGAACAAGCAGCAGCAGAACAACAACAACAACAGCGACAUCACAUCAAUAGCAAACAAUUUAAUGAUAAAUUGCAACGUAAUUACAUUCCGAGCGAUAAUGCAUUACAUAAAAGACCAUCACCACCACCACAGACAAUGGCAUCAGCAACCAAUAACACUCCAAGGCCACCAAUAUCAUCAGCAGCAUCCGAAUCAGUAGCCAUGUCGAGAGCAUCUGCGGCCCAGGCAUCGGGCUCGUCGAUAACAGCAACAACAAUAACAUCACCACCAACAUUAACCAGAAAAACACAAGCAUUAACAUUUAACGAUGUCAUCUUCAUCAAUAAAACGGGGACAUCGACGACGGCAAUGACGAGGAGGAGGUUGACCACAACAACCAUUGACCACUACUCCUCGGCGGCCACAAGUCCAAAUCGAAGAAGUGCCAAUGAUGAUGAGGACGACGACGACGACAAUGCCAGUGAUGAUAAUACUGCCAGUGGCUUAAAUAGUUCGGGUCAACAUUACGAUUAUAACAAUAAAUCAACGAAUAAAAGACGAAAACGUAAUGACGAUACAGUAGCAGCAGCAGCAGCUAACAAUAAACCCAAUUUAGCGGAACAAGAUAGCAAUGGCGAUGCGGUAGAUGAUGACGAGAUGCCGAAGCAUCAUCAAAUCGAACAACCAAAUAAUAGUAAAAUAGUUGUCAAACAACCACAAUUACAACAACAACAGCAACAAUCCAUUAAUUUCAUAACGACUGCCAAUAGUGAGGAUUCUUUAUUUGAUAAGGAUCCGGUGAUAUCGAAAUUAUUGAAAAGAUCAAAACGUAAAGUGGAAUUCCGCAAACGGCGGCGGAUACGACCCUGUCUAAGUGUUUGUCAGACGGUCGAACAAAAAUGUCCAUAUCUGUUGCCGGCAGACCGGGCGCCAGCAAUGCAAACACAAUAUGCCGGUGAACCAACAUUUUUAUGUCUAGAUUAUAAUAUUGCGGAAACGGAAGAACAAUUACGCAAGGCCAGUCAUGGCCCCAACGAAUGCUGUUACACAUAUUGCCAAACGGCAGCCGAUGGCAUCUGUACCUAUUGCAAUGAAUUUCUGGACGCAAAGGAUAUUGAACGGGAAGCCGAAAGGAUUAACAAGGAGAAUGUUAAACGCCUCCACAACAUAACGAUAAAGGCGGGCGGCAAUGGAAAAGCCCCCAGAGUGGAAACGAAAAUACAAAAACAAUUGGCCAGCGACGAUGUGCAAAUGUCCACUGUGGCCAUUGCGGUGCGUAACGAUACCUGGACCAUGAAUGUGACCCGACUGGCUGAACGUUUGCCUUACUAUGCCUACUGCGAUGGUGUUUAUUACUAUGAUGAGGAUAUUGAUGAUAUGCCGGCAAUAGCCUAUUCCGAGAAUUGUCCGGCCUUGCCGACGGUGCAAAGUCGCUGUCGCAUACCAUACUGGGCUACCAACUAUGAGACAUCCGGCGAGGAGUGGGGAUCAUAUCGUAAACAUAGUGAAGCCCAAAAGUUGAUGGUGUGGCUGAGUUCUUUGCUGUGUCUGUGGUCGUGUUAUACAGCGCGCAUCUUAAGGCUGCAGCGGCCAAAACGGGGUAGGGUACAUGUUUGGUAUGAUAUCAGUGAAAGUAGGAUUUUGAUAAUAUAUAUUAUGAAUGGUGGUGGUGGAGGUAGUGAGGGCCAGGUCAGUGAUCCUGCGAGUAGUGGUGUUAGGAAACCCGAAGAACGCCGAGAAGAAGAAUUUCGCUGCAAAAGCGAAAAGCAAAUGUUAAUGAAUUUUCGUGAAUUGGUUCGACGAAGACAACAAAUCGAUUUACUAUAUAGCCCAGCCGCAUCGGAAACGGAAAUUGACACAUUUGAAUGGCUGGUGGUAUUGGUGGGCCAGACAUCAGUCAUGCCCCACGAGGCCAAAACGACGACGAAUGAUGAAACUUAUAUAUAA